GAAUAUCUAAUCUAGACUAAUCUUGACUUUGUCUCCUUAAGACUGCAUUAAUUUGUAAAGUUUAGAGACAAAUGUCAAACAAUGACUCUUCUGCAGACCUUGUUUUACCACAGCUUUUUAUCCUGGCCUUUGAUUUCCAAUGAAAAAAUGAAUUAUUCAGCCUUCUGCUCACUUCAAAGCCCAUAUUUCUUAGUUGGGGUAUUGCUGUGUGCUUCCUAUGUUGUGUGUACUAUUAUUCUCUGCCUGCAGCUGCUUGGUAAAAGCUUGGGCAAAAUAUCUAUAAGUGCAAUUAUUAAAAGAAAGUGGUGUUGUUAUGCUCAAGUGUCACAAUGAAUAUUUUAAUCAAAUUUCUGCAUCUCUUCCACUUGUGAUUUUCAUCCUGGAUGUGAAGUAUUGAUCGGUGGAUUCAGUUUUACAGUCUGAAACCUAAAAUAAUAAAUCAGAUAUGUACCAUUUUAUGUGUGAAAUUUUCUUCUUUUGCUGUGUUCAAGCGGUCUCCCUCUUAUGGCCAGGGUACCAUGGACAGUGUCAAUGCUUUUACUGCUGGUGCUCUACUCUCCAGGGGUGUACUCGACCCCCAUCCAGCACCUGUGUGGCUCCCACCUGGUGGAUGCGCUCUACUUCGUAUGUGGAGAGCGGGGGUUUUUCUACAGUCCAAGCCGAGCCCAAAAGCGGGAUCUGGAGAAUCUGCUUGGGUUCCUGUCUAAAAAAGCCAAACAGGAAGAGCAGCUGUGGAGGGUUCUGUCUGGCCGCGAUGAGCCCAAGGUGAAAAGAGGCAUCGUGGAGCAGUGCUGCCAUAAGCCAUGCAGCAUUCACCAUCUGGAGGGCUACUGCGACUGACUCACCACUCCACAACUAGCACCACUCAUAGCUUGUAAAGAAAAAAAAAAAGGGUCCUGAAGUCAAUUUCUGGCCCUAUACUUGCUGGCUAUGUCUUAUCAACUGAAGGAAAUAAAGUUUCAUGACCCAUAACCUGAGGCUCCUCUCUGCAAUGAUGUGAAUUUGUGUUCUUUGUAGCUAGUAGUGUAACAUGGGUUACUGCAUCUCAAACCUGUGGCUGCAGUCCAAGAGUGCUCCCUACUGGCUGAGGAUAGACAUGGCCAAGAUGAUGCACAGGUUAGGGGUUCUGUAUGCAUCAUUUUUCACACUGAUAAAAUAAACUCAUCUCAGCAACACUUUGUGUAAAGAAAAGUAUUAAAAAUCUGUCUUUAUUUACAAACAAAAAAAAAAACAUUUACAAAAUUAUUACUGUUCCUGUUAACUGAAGAAUUUCUAAGAAAGUUAGAGAUAAAAAUUUGUAAAAUAAUAAAAUACAUUGUAUAUUAAAUCACUUAUACUUUUUA